AUGGUAUUAAUAUAUGUAUCAUUUGGUGUUCUCUCGGUACUUUCUGGUAUCCUACAUUAUUUUUCCAGUGGAACCAAACAGGAAGUGAUUAUCACCUCAAACCCAACUUUUACCCAGUUUCAACGGGGAUAUUUCUUGGUUUAUUUCUUAGCAUUAGCUGCAGAUUGGCUGCAAGGACCUUAUCUUUAUAAGCUGUACAGUUAUUAUGGCUUUAUUGAAUCGCAGAUUGCCGUAUUGUAUGUAUGCGGGUUUGCAUCAAGUGUUGUAUUUGGUACAUAUGCUGGGAUUUUGGCUGAUAAGUUAGGAAGGAAGAAACUUUGUAUGACAUUCGCUGUUGUGUACUCUGUGUCUUGUCUGACAAAAUUAUCGCGCGACUAUGCCAUCCUGAUUGUUGGUCGAGUCUUGAGCGGAAUAUCAACUUCGUUGCUCUUCACUGCGUUUGAAGCUUGGUAUGUACACGAACAUGUUGAGACCCACGACUUCCCUGCCGAAUGGCUGCCAGCAACAUUUUCAAAGGCUACUUUUUGGAAUGGAAUUCUGGCAAUCAUCGCAGGUAUUAUUGCAAACAUAUUGGCCGGAGGAUUGGAUUUGGGACCUGUGUCACCCUUCAUAUUCGCAAUCCCAUUCCUGAUGGCAUCGGGAACCAUUGUGUACUUCACCUGGACGGAGAACUAUGGCACGAAACAAGCUAAGCUUUGUAAAGGAUGUUUUGAUGGCCUUCGUGACAUAGUACAGAGUCGUCGUGUUCUUUUAAUUGGUAUCAUUCAAUCGCUAUAUGAAAGUGUCAUGUAUAUAUUUGUUUUUCUUUGGACACCGAUUUUAGAUUCAGAAGGUCCCCCUCUGGGUGUCAUAUUUUCAAGUUUCAUGAUCUGCAUCAUGCUUGGGUCUUCAGUUUUCAAAAUACUCAAUGCCAAACGAUAUCCAAUGUUUACUAUUCUUAAUAUUUCCCUUGCCCUUGGGCUGAUAUCCAUGAUUAUUUGUGUUGGAUCCUCUCACCCUAAGUAUUUUAGUCCCUCAUGUUCGUACAUAGCUUUUUUAAUUUUGGAAUUUGGAUGUGGUAUGUAUUUUCCUGCUAUGGGUUUCCUGCGAAGUUUGAUCCUACCUGAGGCUCAUCGUGCCGGGAUUAUGAACUGGUUUCGAGUGCCUCUCAAUCUCAUUGCAUGCAUUCUGUUGAUGGUUUUACAUGGUGAUCCAUCUAGAUUGGGUGAAAAAAAUAUUUUCUUGAUAUGUGCUAUUUUGAUGUCAGUAGCAAUGAUGUGUGGGAUCAAUUUUGCUGUAUUAGUGAAAGACGAUGAUGAUCUGAAAACCAGCACAGAAAAUGACAAAGACGAAUCAAUCACUGCAUAA